GCACGGUGUACUCCGUAUCUAUUCCUAUUUUAAGUCCAUCGAAGUGUUCUUCUUGAAGAGAAACGGAAAAUCUCAGUUUAUAAGCUUCGGGUCUGCGUCUUCAAAAAUCUAAUCCCUCAAAAUUGGUUGCACGCGCACGCGUUCUCAGCACGUCCUGUUCUUAUUUAUCAGGCAGGGAUUCAAACGGCAUUUGAUUCUUAGCUGUGCACCAACCUACCGCCGUCACUGGUAUAACUCCUAGUAUCUGAUUGAAUCGACAAGUGACUACGAAGGCCUAGCCCGUAUAUCUGGCUUUCUGAAAAGCCUAUCGUCCGACGAAAACAUGCCGAGACCCCCUACUAAGCGUAAUCGACCGACGCUUGGAAUUUCGAAGGCUGAAAACAAAGAUCUUCAACAUGUCAGGGAAGUUGCUGGGUCGACGAAGCAUACUGCAAAUAGCUCAAGCCGUGAAUCGCCGGCUGUCUUGCGGAUGACACAGCACCCAGUGUCUGAUUUCGCGCUGCAUCAAAAAGACCGGACACCUGUAGUCAAAUCUCAUGAUUAUGCAAUUGAAUCAUCACCUCUGGAAGAGCGUGGAGUAGGUAGCAGUCGUCCAAUGACAAGGGCUCGCGGAUACUCAUCUACUCUCUCCAUCGUCGGACGGAAAGGUGAUGGGAAUUCGAGGAUUCCAGGUACUCCUGCCUACGAGAGUUCGAUAUUGAGCAAUUUCAGAAGACGGCCACGGCAGCCUAGCAUUCUCCAUGUGAUGCAAGCCAAUGACGAUUCUUCAGAUCUGGAUGAUGAGGACUUUCUUGGAGGACUAAGUCCCGAGGACGAGUCCACACCCUUGGAUAUUUCAAGGGGGAAGUCACUCAUCGCGGGGCACGCCGCAUCAUCCUCACCAGGCCUAUCAUCUCCUUCCAGCAGCAAACAGCGCAAGCGUACACAUUCUUCUGGGAAAACUUGUUCUGCAUCACGUCCGCAAGAAGUGCGACACUCGCCUCCUACGAUGAUAAUGGGGCAACAAGAUGAAACCCCAAUACGCUUAUCCCAGCCUCGCAUGUCUUCUAAGGCUACGAGCGCAACAAUGGCGCCACCUAUGAGCAGCAGUCCUUUCAUGAGCCCUACAAUUACGCCUUCGCUGACCUAUGGUGAACAGCCUCUAGCUGUUUCCAAAAUUGCGCUGGAAAUUACAGCUGAGCGAAGCAACGUGUGCAAGACUUUAUCCACGGUGGCCCUCCAGAAUGAACUGCUACCUCGGAGAAUAAAAAUCCGGCGCCAAUGCUGGGGUCCCAAUUUAGAGACACAGAGCGGGCUGAGUGAUGAUAGCUGUUCCGAAAUGGAGCAUCAUGAGAGUGACCUCCCACCAGGGACGCCCCACCGGGCACAUCGAAGACACGUUGGCAAGCCGGGCCCUCCAAAAUCUCAUGAUAACCCACAAAAAGAGCAGCCAACAAUUGUCAUAGUUGGUUCAAGAAAGAGGAAUCGUCGUCGAACUCAAAACGACAAGAAUACAAGACUGGGAGUUGAUCGGCUCCCCUCUGCAACUACCAAUGCAUCUCAGGAGGGUCCCCUGUCACCUCUGUCGUCACCUUCUUCGUCACCUUUGUCCUCGCCUCUAUCGUCGCCGCCCGUUUCACAUGCCUAUCGCUCAAGUAUGCCAUCGGGAUCUGAAUUGCUCAAAGAUAGGUAUCUCAGCGAGGAAUUGAGAGUACAGGCACGGAAAUUUGCGGAUAUUGAUAAUUGGGAGUUGGAUUAUGAAGACGUAACUAUUGGCGCCAGUCAAGGGAGCGAUACUUUCAGAUAAAGAUUUACAUGUUCGCUUGCCACCAUCAUGCUGAUCAUUCCUUCCCCUCCCCCCUCCCCCAGAGAAAAAACCAGUUAAAACGUGGAUAGUCAGAGCGAACGGCGCUAUGCUAAUACAUCGGGCAAUUAAAGUCU